CUCACCAGUGCUUAUUUAGACAAUCACCACGCAGCACAACAACAUCACACCUGCCAACACACAUCCGAUCUUUCUUCUUCUACUACAAGCAAGCCUUUAUUAUUCUCCUUUCAUCGCAAGUAACGAAGGCUCGUGGGCCUUCAUCCAAUUGCCCAACAUAGCGUCCAUUUUCCGCCGCUUUCUCGGGUCUCUCGCCGGCCCAAAUCCCGCAACUAUGUCUGCUGCAAAGUCCAAGGUUGAGCACAUUAUUGCCCAAAACAACGUCGUCGUCUUCUCGAAAUCCUACUGCCCCUACAGCAGUGCCACCAAGUCCCUUCUGAACGAACUAGGCAUCCCGUAUUACGCCCUUGAAUUGGAUGAAAUCGAUGACGGCGCUGCCAUUCAAGAUGCCCUGGCAGCCCUCACCCACCAGCGCACCGUGCCCAACAUCUUCAUCGCUCAAAAGCAUAUUGGCGGCAACUCUGAUAUCCAGGCCCGCAAGAGUGAAUUGUCGGCUCUCGUGAGCGCUGGGGCCGCUGCCAAAGCUUCCAAGGCGUGAUUUUCUUCGAAGGUAGAGAGAGAAAUGCCGCUGUAGAGUAGGUGGAUAAUGCGUGGUUUCCAGGGGGCCGUAUAGAUUGAUGGUAGGCGGCUGGAUGGUUUUCUUUUCUUUUCUUUUUUUUUUUGUCCUUGCUAGCUUUUACGUUUUGAUAUGGAACUCAGUUAAUUCGGG